AAAUGUGAGGGGGCUCUUUUUGAUCAUUUAUAUACUACCACAGUACCACCAGAAACACUUGUAGUAGCAGAAAGAAACACUAUUGAGACUGUAGAAGAAGAAAGAAGAUUGGCAAAAAAGAAAAUGGGUGCUUCCACUGCAGCAUGGCUCCCUCACAUGUCCUCUUUUGUUGCUCUUAAACCUCAUUGCUGUCUCAACAAAAAACCCUUGUUUGUCGACACAAAAAGCAUUAGAACCAGUUGCAUCCUGCCACGUCAAUCCUUCUCUUCCUCCUCAAUCCUCACUUUCGCCCGCCGCCGAGGAGGCCAUCAGGCCUCCAGCUCCCCUGUCAAGUCUAAGAAGCAAAAGAAAAAGGAGCAAACUUUCGGCAGUAAAAGUACUCAAGAAGAUGAAGAUGAUGAUGCCUUUGAGGCCCUCUUUCGCCAGCUGGAAGAAGACUUGAAAAAUGAUAAUCUAUCUUCAGAAAAUGGUGAUGAUGAUGAUGAAAUAAGUGAAGAGGACCUUGCAAAGCUUGAACGUGAGUUAGAAGAGGCACUGAAGGAUGAUGAACUUUUUGGGGCUCUGGACUUGGUUGGGGAUGGCAAAACAGAGGAUGAAUCUGAUGAAGACGAGAAAGAAGAAGAUAAUGAGGACGAUAAUACUGCUAAUUAUCACGUCGAGGAUCUUGAAGAUGAUGAUAACGAUGAAGAAAUGCCAGUGAAAUUAAAAAAUUGGCAGCUUAAGAGACUGGCUUAUGCUUUAAAAAAUGGUCGGCGUAAGACCAAUAUUAAAAGUCUUGCAGCUGAUUUAUGUCUUGAUAGAGCUGUUGUCCUUGAACUGCUUCGUGAUCCUCCUCCAGAUCUUCUGAUGAUGAGUGCUGCUUUGCCUGAUAAACCUGUUUCAACAGUAGUAGAGCCAGUAAACAAACUGAAAGAAGCAUGUCCUUUGGAGAUGACACCAGUAACCACGAAGGCUGAGGCUGAGGUGAAAGUGCCGGUUCAUGUGAUGCAAAGCAACUGGUCUGCUAAAAAGAGAAUUAAAAAAGCUCAACUUGAUACUCUUGAACGUGUAUAUAACCGAACAAAGCGUCCCUCGAAUGCCAUGAUCAGCAACAUUGUGCAUCUGACAAACCUGCCUAAGAAAAGGGUGGUGAAAUGGUUCGAGGACAAACGAGCUGAAGAUGGGAUUCCUGAACACCGCCUUCCGGCUAGUCAAACUUGGCAGAAGCUGGUGUUCUUAAAGAAUUUAUGGCCUUGUUUUAACCACACUGAGGACCAUAUGAACAGGUGAAGGAGCAGUCAUUUGGGAUGUCUUCUUGCUGACUACUGGUAAUUUUAUACUAUUGCGUUCGUGCAGCAUAUGACUUGUGAAUUAUGAUCGAGGGGAAAUGACAUCAACCAAGAAGAAAAGCUUUUUCUUUUCCUUUCUUUUCUUUUUUUUGUUUGCAGGAAAUCAGGAAGAAAAGUUCAAAGGAAUAGGUUCCGGCUUGGCCUGCUGCAGUCCAAAUAAGGACAUGUAUUCAACAGUUAUGGGGGUUGACCGUAUGAGUUGUGCUCAAGGAAUCAACCAAAAAGAAAUAUUCAAAAGAAUAAGUUCGGUCUUGGUCUACUUCAACCGAAAUACAAGAUGGGAUAAUUUCACAAACCUCCUCCGAGGUUUGCCUUAAUAUCGCUUGACACUUUCGUAGUUUCAAAAAUAUCUCUUACCUCCCCGGCUAGAUUGACAAGACAGGAUGUCUCCAUUAUUAUGAGUGGUAAAUUGACAAUAUUACCUUACUGGAUACUCCUAAUUGAUUAACUAAAAUUCCCACACAAAAAACCACUUAGUUGUAAAACCACUUAAUUGCUCCAAACUCCUCUUUAUUAUACUUAUACUUAAUCUCUCCUAA